AUCCGUUCCUGUAGGACUCGUAGGAGCUGGGCGGCGGAGCCAUGGAUGUGGACAUGAAUGUGGACAUGGAUGUGGACAUGGAUCCGCCUGGCAAUCCGCAACACCUUGCAUCGGAAAGUCGCCAUGAAGCCGGGGUACCCGACCCACCCGUUCCUACAGGACUCCGAGGAGCUGGGCGGCGCAGCCAUGGAUGUGGACAUGGAUGUGGCAGAGAUGGGCCUGGAGGCGGGCGAGCAGCACCCGCUGGAGAAGCUCGCAGACUCGGACUUUUUUAACAAGUUCGAAGACGACUUCGAGGAUGAGGACCUGGCGUAGGGGGUGGGGGGGGGGGCAGAGGGGGAUGAAUUAGUGGCUGGAGGGGGUGGGAAUAGGGGGUGAGGGGUUGGGGGACAAGGGAGGAUGGAGGAUGGACUUUUUCAACAAGUAUGAGGACAACCCUGAGGACGAGGAUCUGCCGUAGGUGCUGGGAGGGGGUGAGGGACGCUAGGGUUCCAGAACUUUGACGAGGACUUAGAGGGCGAUGACGUAGAGUGGGGGGUAGGGGGGUCCUACUAGAGCCCUUCAUGGGUCUGGUUCUGAUAGACGCUGGCCGGAGUGUGGCAUGGUGUGACGGUCCAUCGGUGGCAGCAGCUGCUCUGCUGAGCACUCAGCUUUGGGAGUGACAGGGUUGCGCUCCGCUGACCAAGCCGCCUGACGCCGGGGCCAUUCCCUUCUACUAGGUACUCGUUCAAGACAACCCAAACCUUCAGCAGCGAAUUGUUGAAGCCUGUUCCACGACCAGAUCGCUCCAAACGUAGUGAGCUUGUUGUCAGCAGACAAUCGCUGUAUGGUACUACUGAGUCACUGAAGGCGUCAGUGUAAAUCGUGUGAUACGAAGGAGUUUACUUCUGAGAUGCCUUAAAA